AUGCCUCCAACUAAAAGAAAGGCUGCCAACGCACUUGAUCCAUCCGAGCGCAAGAGAGCGCAAAAUCGCAUUUCGCAACAGUGUCUUCGCGAGAAAAACAUCACCUACAUCCGUAACCUGGAGGAGACGAUUGACCUACUGCAAAAGGUAGCCACUGGCUCAGAUCCUCAAGACCGUUACUCUGUUCUUCUUGAUGCGCAUCUUAAGUUGAUAGCUGAGAACCGGAAGCUGGAAGAUGCUUUGCUGCGGUUGCGCAAGAAGUUACUCAGUUUCGGUCAAGCUGCCAACGCUGCUGCGGGUGAGCGAGACGCUGAAAACCCGGAAGCACAGCAACCUGCACCAAGCACGGAAUUAGCCAAUCACGAAACACCAUCUGCUCUUGAUCCCUCGAUCAACAAUCAGACUUUUCAGGACAUCCAGGAGCAAACCAACCCCCAGACAGAUAUAUUCAAGGACGCGUCGUUUCUUUUAGAUCUAUCCAUGGCAGGCCAAGAACACGAAGCAUCAACCUCAAGCACAAUGCAGCCUGGCGAUACCUUCAUAGAUCCUGCCAUAUCGUCUCUAUCACCAAGAUCGCUUUUGUUUGUCCCAAAUCAGCUCAGUAUCACGUCAAUGUCUAUCUUUGGCUCUAGACUCCUUGGAGCUUGUCGCCGUCAUAUUGAUAACCUGCACGACUCCGGUAAUAAUGCCGAGAUGGUCGACAAGAUAGUCAAGACUGCUGUGCGCUUCUCCAUGCGAUGCGUGGGAGUCAUUAGUUGGCGUCUUGGAAUCGACUCAAAGAAUUCUGUUCCGCUUCCAUUCCGGCCAACACCACUCCAAUCCAAAAACCCCACGCAUUUCUGGGGAAUCGACUUGUUUAACUGGCCUGAAAUCAGAGAUCAGCUCGUCCUCGACGCGGAAUCCACCGACUUUGACGAGCUUCUCAGAGACCUUGUCUUACACUCAGUCAUAGAACCUGCUAACCACAGCGUCGCAGUCAAUAUUCUCGAUAUCUUCGAAAACCAAGUCCUGCGAAGACGUCAGAACCAAAAAACCCCUCCGAGAAGUUAUUUCACAGACCCAUCAUGGACACUAUUCCAGAUCGGCCCUGAGGUCGGUGAAUGGUACUCUUCUGAGCACGAUAUAGUCGAAGAGGCUAUCUUUCAGGAACUAGAUCGUCAAAUAAACGCCGUGGCGCCGAGUCCAGAUGACAAUCCUGUGGAGGAGAGUCAGGCGAACGACAUAGCCAAGUUUCUGGGGCUCGAUGACUUUUUUCAAUCAUCCAAUUUCGGGAACAUGGCUUGUUGUGCUGUUGGAGCGUAUAUCGUCUUCCACUUUCUCAAUAUCCAUGAGAAACUUUGUGCACUUUAUCCACGCCAAAGUUAUGCUGACCAUGCCCCUCCCCAACGACCAAAACCAGUCAAAGGUGCUCAGGUCAGAAUUCUAAGUCUAGAUGGCCUUACUUGCGCGUCCUGUGUAUCCGAUGUUCAAGACAUCAUUAAGACCAUCCCCGGGGUCUUGAAGGCUACUGUUUCACUCGGACUACUUCGGGCCCAAGUAGAAUUCAACAAUCACCUUGUGACAGAAGGGGAGAUCAUUGAUGCAAUUCGCUCUGCAGGCUAUGACGCACACUCGUUACCUUCCUCUGACUCCCAGAGCUGGGCUAGUCUAUUGUCUAUGAUACAAGAGCCCACAAACUCCCAGCAACAUCAUGUUAACUCAUGCCAACGGGACUUUCUCGUGGCGACUGCGGCUUCAGUCCUUUUCUUCGCAUCGCGCAGCAUCAUUGGCCUAUGGACGACUCAAAACAGUUACAUAAACUUAAUUGCAUAUAUCGCUGUUGCAAUGAGCCUAUUAGCUGGAUCUCAACUUCAUUUUGAGGCACUUCGCUCGGCGUGGCAUGGGCAAAGACCAAAUAUGGCAACUCUUGCAUCACUGGGCAUUAUGUUGGCUCUUAUACAAGCUGUGGCUGAUUCUCUACAGACUGGGAUAAAUAGAUCUUAUCGCAUGGAUUUCAAGUCCCUGGAGGUCAUUCCAAUUCUGUCUACGAGUGUUCUUGGUGGCCGUUUACUCAAGACCAUUCUCUCCCGGCGAGAUCGGGUCUUCGCAUCCCCGCUCUCAAGUCUGGUACCUGCUAUGGCUAUGGUUUGCAACAAAACAGAUGAACAUGCAUCUAUUCCUAUCGACUUGCUGUCUCCUUGCGACAGCGUUAUUGUAAGACAGGGAGAGCACAUACCUUGCGAUGGAGUGGUCGAGAGUACAGCGUCAGCGCUUAUCUUGGAGACUUGGAUCAACGGCUCCUUGGAGCCUAGGACCGUUAAGCGUAAUGAUGCUAUAUAUGCGGGGGGUCAAGUGCAACAAGGAUCGCUCGUCUGUAGGACAACAGCUUGUGGGCGUUCUACUCGCCUGGGUGAACUACUGACGUCCGUCGUGACGGCGGAGCUGGCCAACUCAGAACCCCAGCUUCAUCGUGCUACUUCAUGGUUCUCAAGUGCUGUUAUCAUAAUUGCAAUCACGCUACUGACCGUGUAUCCUGUAUUCGCGAACGAGACCUGCUGGAUAGAUGGGCUGGGUCGAGCUUCAGCGUUGCUACUAGCCGCUUGCCCGUGUUCACUGAGUUUGAGUAUUCCAACUUGUAAAUUACUGGCGACAGUGGAAGCAUCAAAGUUUGGAGUCCGGUUAUUGACUACUUAUGCAAGACUACGAAGCGCCGCGUCUGCUCAAACCAUUUUCUUCGACAAGACGGGCACUCUCACACAUGGAGACCUGAAAGUUAUACAUGCGAGCUUCUCUAAGGAGUGGGAGACACUGGAGAAGCAAGAAAUACUGUGGAGGGCUGUCCACGAGGUCGAAGCUGGGAUCACCCACCCAGUUGCCCGAGCUCUCUUUCAAGAAAGUUAUUCAAAGCUGGGAGAGAAGCCUGGGUAUUUAAGUACCAUUUUGGUAUCAGAAAUUAAGUACGAACUUGGUCGCGGCGCUCAAGCUGUUGUGACAGCCACUCAGCCCGGGUCUGAGUCCACCACUUGGAAGUUGGCAAUUGGAAGCCGUACAUAUAUCGAGAGCCCAGGAGUUUCCGUUGAUCUCAGUCAAACUCCCGUGAAGAUGAGAACUGGAGUUACAACGACUGUUGUACUAGCCAUGGAUGGAAAGCAGGCUGCCGUUUUUGCACUCGAAGACACAGUCCGUUCCGAUGCUCAGAAAGUUAUAAGUCAGCUCAAGGAUCUGGGUCUAACUAUCGGAAUGAUCACGGGCGAUAAUGCAGCUUCAGCUACCUCUGUUGCUCGCGAAUUAGGCAUUGAUUCGGACAUGAUAUUUGCCAAUGCCCUUCCAGAAGAAAAGUCUUGCAUUUUAGCCCGCUUUCUUCAACGCGGACCGGCUAUUUACGUUGGAGAUAACUACAACGACCUUUUGUGCUUUGCAUCAGCGUCGUUCAGUAUCUGUGUCGCAAGCUCAGAAAUGCAGUCCAUUGAUAGUGACUGUGCUGAUGGCACGCUGAUGAUAUCCGAGGCUUCUCCACUAAGUCGCAUUCCAUUGAUGAUACUCUUGGCACGGCGUAUGAGACGUAUUGUGACGCAAAACCAUUGUUGGGCUGUUGUUUACAAUAUUUUAUCUGUAGCCUGUGUACUUGGUGUUGGUUGGAUACCGCCGCCUUCUCCGUAA